AUGCGCGGGUUGCAAGUUGCGGCAGUGGUGGUGGCAGCUUGUAGCACCAACAUUUUAGUGGAGGCGUCCACCGACUAUGGAGUGUUCACGCCCAAGAAGCUUGCGCUUGGCUCCGCGCCGACGAUCGCAUCAACCGACUACACCAAAGGCUUCACGUUAACCGCUGCAGAUCCCAUCGCCACACUCGACUACGACUACGAAGUAGCAGGACUCCCGUACUUCGUGGUGUCCGCCGUCUCGAACGGCCCCGUCGACGUGGAAGUAAAGUACUCGGAGCAGUUCGCCGUGCUGUCGACCAACUUCUCCGAUGGACCCUCGCAAUUCGCCACGGCAGUCGCCAACUCACGUCGCGUCGAGACGCACCGCUUUACCCAGGAGGAGAUCGGCGCGACGGUGACGUCCAUGCUGAGUCAGCCCGGCCAGCGGUGGCAGACGCUGCGUCUACUGAGCGGUGACUCCGUCACGUUCGAGGCCGUCGGUCUACAGGCGUCGAUUGAGGUGAUCGACGAUCUGGCCACGCUCCCCGGGAAGUUUUCGAGCUCCAACGCCAAGUACAACGAGAUUUGGAACCUCGGUGCUCGCGCGGUGAGCGCUGCUUGCCUGGAUGCGGGCAGCCAGAUCUCGUCCUGGAGCGCGUCGGAAGAGAACGGGACUUUUGUGCCUGGUACGCGGCCAGGAGUCUCGUACAAGACGUGGAACCUGAGUGACUACACGCUCGAGUUCGAGACGCAGAUCAUCCGCGGCGGCGUCGGGUUCUACGUUGGCUACGACAUCGCAGCCAACCGAGGCUCCCUCAUGUUCCACUUGUCGUCGGAGUACCCCGCCAACUCGACCUACGUGAACACCAACAUGACGCUGUUUCCGGCCAACUCGGUGACUUUGACCUACGGCUUCGACUUCGUCAACACGACGGAUAUGAAGAGCUACCCAAUGGGCAACUACGAAGUGCCAUUCAACGUGAAGGAGUACGUUUGGUACCCGCUUACGCUCAAUGACUACUCGACGACCGGGAAGGGUGCUAUCGGCUUCGGUGGAUGGCAAGACCAAGCUUCGUUCGUCCGCAACGUGACGGCCACAAGCUUGAACGAUUCAACCAACGUCCUUUACUCGAACCCGAUGACCGACGAGAGCGUAGUGCUCCCGGAGUUCGGCGUGCAGAGUAACACGUACGGGGUGUGCCUCGAUGGUGCCAAGCGCGACCGAUACAUUUGGCUGGGCGACUUCUACCACACGACCCGCAUCAUUGGCGUGGCCAACUCCAAGCCCGAGCAGAUCACGGGUACGUGGGAGUACUUGCUCGACUACCAGGGAUCGAAUGGGCAGUACCCCGGUCUGAUGGUCAUGACGUACGAGACUCCGAUGCCCACGCCCGAAGUUUUCAUGUUUAACGCUGGUACAGCUGACGCGUAUUUGAACUUCCCGGACUACGACAUCUUGGGGCUCAUCGGGUUUGUGUCGUACAUGGAAUACUUCAACGACGUGGACUUCGCGCGAGCCAACUGGGAGUCGUUGAGGAAUGCUACGGCUUGGCUUGCGAGCUGUCAGGAGAGCAACGGCCUCAUUGACGUCAACAAGUACGUGGAUGUGUACGUGUUCUUGGGAUCGAGCGCGGGCACCGCCGUCAACGCUGCAGCUGUGCAAUGUCUGGAAGGCAUGGCCAAGGUGGCGGAGGCUGUAGGAGACGAAGGCUCGGCCAACGAGUGGGCAGCUGUCGCUGUUACCGUCAAGACCGCCAUCAACGAGCUGCUCUGGAGCGAUGCACUGGGCAACUACGCCGUGGACGUCUCGACUCCUGAGGUCUACGGUGUCUCGGCCACUGCGUUCGCUAUCACCUCUGGAGUAGCGAGCGAAACGCAGAUCAAACUGUGCGUGGAAAGCCUGGAGGGUCUGCGUCAAGGCCCCGGGUACCUCGACUCGAGCACCACGGACAACACGACCAAGAUCUCCCCGAACACGAACGGGUUCCUGCUUGAUGCACUGCUGCAAACCGGACACACGGACGAGGCCGUCUUCUUGCUGGACAACCUCUGGGACGCCAUGAUCUCUAACGAGUCGUAUCGCUCCGGGGCCAGUUGGGAGUACGUCUCGCAGUCGCUUGAGCCAGGACUUCAGGAAUUCACGUCGCUGAGUCACCCGUGGGGUGGCGCUCCUACGUACGCGCUGACCAACUACAUCGCCGGCAUUCGCCCCGUGGACUUCGGAUUCCGCCGCUGGAUCGUGAACCCGCUGGUGACGGGGCUGGGCCUCACGAACGCGAACGCUAGCGUGAGCACGCCCUACGGCUCCGUCGCUGCUGCCUGGACGCGUGACGACACUCAACUUAACGUGACGAUCACGGCUCCAGUUGGUACAGAAGGAACGUUCGAGGUGGUGCUGCUCAACUCCAGCAGCUACACGCAGAGUCUCAACGGCACCGGAGAAGCCAUUUCAUUCACCGUCCAGCUGUAG